GCACGGGCGCUUCCUGCCCUCGCACGUCAGCCCCCUUUGAAAUGAGACACGUGUUUCCGCUUCCCCCCUCUCCCUCCCCCUUUUCGACGCGGCCUCAUACGCCAACAACAUGCCUUUGGCGAAAGACUUGCUGCACCCGACUGCAGAGGAAGAGAAGAGGCGGCACAAGAAGAAGCGGCUUGUCCAGAGCCCCAACUCUUACUUCAUGGACGUGAAAUGUCCAGGUUGCUAUAAGAUCACCACAGUGUUCAGCCACGCUCAGACAGUGGUGUUGUGCGUGGGAUGCUCCACAGUGCUGUGUCAACCCACCGGAGGAAAAGCACGUCUCACAGAAGGAUGCUCUUUCAGGAGAAAGCAGCAUUAGUCUCUCAUUUACCCGAGCGCAAAUUACGAGAGACCAAAGGAGGAGAGAUGGAUUGGCCAAAGGCUCUACAGUACCCAGGAUGAUCCUACACCUCGAGUCAAGUUAAAGGUCAUGUAGAAAGGGAAUAGGCCUCCUCAUGGAGCUAAAUCGUGGCUGUUGAAGGAUUAAAGGCCUUGUUUUAACUAAACUGUAACUCAUGACUGCCAAACCUGUUUCUCACUAUAAAAUCCUUUAAAUAAAUGUUUUUUCAUUA